AUGACCGCUGGAGUGCCCCCACCUCCGCACCAUUCCGCCAUAGUGCCCCCACCUCCGCACCAUUCCGCCAUAGUGCCCCCACCUCCGCACCAUUCCGCCAUAGUGCCCCCACCUCCGCACCAUUCCGCCAUAGUGCCCCCACCUCCGCACCAUUCCGCCAUAGUGCCCCCACCUCCGCACCAUUCCGCCAUAGUGCCCCCACCUCCGCACCAUUCCGCCAUAGUGCCCCCACCUCCGCACCAUUCCGCCAUAGUGCCCCCACCUCCGCACCAUUCCGCCAUAGUGCCCCCACCUCCGCACCAUUCCGCCAUAGUGCCCCCACCUCCGCACCAUUCCGCCAUAGUGCCCCCACCUCCGCACCAUUCCGCCAUAGUGCCCCCACCUCCGCACCAUUCCGCCAUAGUGCCCCCACCUCCGCACCAUUCCGCCAUAGUGCCCCCACCUCCGCACCAUUCCGCCAUAGUGCCCCCACCUCCGCACCAUUCCGCCAUAGUGCCCCCACCUCCGCACCAUUCCGCCAUAGUGCCCCCACCUCCGCACCAUUCCGCCAUAGUGCCCCCACCUCCGCACCAUUCCGCCAUAGUGCCCCCACCUCCGCACCAUUCCGCCAUAGUGCCCCCACCUCCGCACCAUUCCGCCAUAGUGCCCCCACCUCCGCACCAUUCCGCCAUAGUGCCCCCACCUCCGCACCAUUCCGCCAUAGUGCCCCCACCUCCGCACCAUUCCGCCAUAGUGCCCCCACCUCCGCACCAUUCCGCCAUAGUGCCCCCACCUCCGCACCAUUCCGCCAUAGUGCCCCCACCUCCGCACCAUUCCGCCAUAGUGCCCCCACCUCCGCACCAUUCCGCCAUAGUGCCCCCACCUCCGCACCAUUCCGCCAUAGUGCCCCCACCUCCGCACCAUUCCGCCAUAGUGCCCCCACCUCCGCACCAUUCCGCCAUAGUGCCCCCACCUCCGCACCAUUCCGCCAUAGUGCCCCCACCUCCGCACCAUUCCGCCAUAGUGCCCCCACCUCCGCACCAUUCCGCCAUAGUGCCCCCACCUCCGCACCAUUCCGCCAUAGUGCCCCCACCUCCGCACCAUUCCGCCAUAGUGCCCCCACCUCCGCACCAUUCCGCCAUAGUGCCCCCACCUCCGCACCAUUCCGCCAUAGUGCCCCCACCUCCGCACCAUUCCGCCAUAGUGCCCCCACCUCCGCACCAUUCCGCCAUAGUGCCCCCACCUCCGCACCAUUCCGCCAUAGUGCCCCCACCUCCGCACCAUUCCGCCAUAGUGCCCCCACCUCCGCACCAUUCCGCCAUAGUGCCCCCACCUCCGCACCAUUCCGCCAUAGUGCCCCCACCUCCGCACCAUUCCGCCAUAGUGCCCCCACCUCCGCACCAUUCCGCCAUAGUGCCCCCACCUCCGCACCAUUCCGCCAUAGUGCCCCCACCUCCGCACCAUUCCGCCAUAGUGCCCCCACCUCCGCACCAUUCCGCCAUAGUGCCCCCACCUCCGCACCAUUCCGCCAUAGUGCCCCCACCUCCGCACCAUUCCGCCAUAGUGCCCCCACCUCCGCACCAUUCCGCCAUAGUGCCCCCACCUCCGCACCAUUCCGCCAUAGUGCCCCCACCUCCGCACCAUUCCGCCAUAGUGCCCCCACCUCCGCACCAUUCCGCCAUAGUGCCCCCACCUCCGCACCAUUCCGCCAUAGUGCCCCCACCUCCGCACCAUUCCGCCAUAGUGCCCCCACCUCCGCACCAUUCCGCCAUAGUGCCCCCACCUCCGCACCAUUCCGCCAUAGUGCCCCCACCUCCGCACCAUUCCGCCAUAGUGCCCCCACCUCCGCACCAUUCCGCCAUAGUGCCCCCACCUCCGCACCAUUCCGCCAUAGUGCCCCCACCUCCGCACCAUUCCGCCAUAGUGCCCCCACCUCCGCACCAUUCCGCCAUAGUGCCCCCACCUCCGCACCAUUCCGCCAUAGUGCCCCCACCUCCGCACCAUUAA